AUGUCUGUUGCCCGUACUGUUUUCUCCGCUGUGCCUGCGCGUGCCGUGCGUGCCGCGCCGCUGCGCGCCGGUGCCCUGCGCACGCUCACCACUUCGAGUGCGGCCUUUGAGGCGCCGCGCUCGGCUACCAUUGCGUCGCUCAAGGGCCAGAUCCGCAAGGAGCGCGACACCUUUGGCGAUCUCGAGGUGCCCGCCGACAAGUACUGGGGUGCCCAGACCCAGCGCUCUUCGAUGAACUUCCGCAUCGGCGGUGCCGCGGAGCGCAUGCCCCAGCCGCUGAUCGAGGCCUUUGGUGUGCUGAAGAAGGCGGCUGCGAUCGUCAACAAGAACUACGGUCUUGACCCCAAGAUUGCCGAUGCGAUCAGCGCUGCUGCUGACGAGGUCAUCUCGGGCAAGCUCGCGGACCACUUCCCCCUGGUCGUCUUCCAGACUGGCUCGGGCACGCAGUCCAACAUGAACGUGAACGAGGUCAUCUCGAACCGUGCGAUCGAGAUGCUCGGUGGUGAGCUCGGCUCGAAGAAGCCCGUGCACCCCAACGACCACGUCAACCGCAGCCAGAGCAGCAACGACACCUUCCCCACGGCCAUGCACAUUGCCUCGGUCAUGGAGAUCACCAAGGAGCUCCUUCCCUCGCUCCGUCACCUGCGUGAGGCGCUCGAGGCAAAGCGUGAGGAGUUCAAGGACAUUAUCAAGAUCGGCCGCACCCACCUGCAGGACGCUACCCCCCUGACCCUCGGCCAGGAGUUCAGCGGCUACGUGCAGCAGCUCGACAACUCGAUCGAGCGUGUCGAGGCCGUGCUCCCCCGCCUCCGCAUGCUCGCACAGGGCGGUACCGCUGUGGGUACUGGUUUGAACACCUUCAAGGGCUUUGAUGUGGCCGUCGCGGACGAGAUCUCGACCAUCACUGGCGAGAAGUUCAUCACGGCCCCCAACAAGUUUGAAGCGCUUGCGACCCACGACGCGAUGGUUGAGGCCUCGGGUGCGAUGAACACCAUUGCCGUGUCGUUCAUGAAGAUCGCGAACGACAUCCGCUACCUCGGCUCGGGCCCCCGCUGCGGUCUCGGCGAGCUUUCGCUCCCCGAGAACGAGCCCGGCUCGUCGAUCAUGCCCGGCAAGGUCAACCCCACCCAGUGUGAGGCGCUGACCAUGGUCGCCGCGCAGGUCAUGGGCAACAACGUCGCUGUGACUGUCGGUGGCUCGUACGGCCAGUUUGAGCUGAACGUCUUCAAGCCGGUCAUUGCCAAGAACCUCCUGUCGAGCAUCCGCCUGCUUGCGGACGGUGCCAACUCGUUCACCGACCACUGUGUCGUGGGCAUCGAGGCGAACAAGAAGCGCAUCGACACGCUCCUGAACGAGUCGCUGAUGCUUGCCACCGCCCUCAACGCCCGCCUCGGCUACGACAACGUCGCCAAGGCCGCCAAGAAGGCGCACAAGGAGGACCUCACGCUCAAGGAGGCUACCGUCGGUCUCGGCCUCCUCACCCCGGAGGAGUUCGACGAGCAGGUCCGCCCCGAGCUCAUGAUUGGUCCCAACGACCCCCCGAAGUAA